AGGUCUUUAUUUUAAACCCAGUUGAGUCAGACUCUUAAUGACAAACAGGUUAGGGUUAAAUAACAAUACAUAUUGUUGUAAAUUAUUCAAAACUGUUUAAUCUCUAUAAUUUAUUUUUUUGUUUUCAUGCAAUUGUUUUUACAAGUUUGUAAAAAUGAAUAACAAUAACAGCAACAAUUAUUAUUAUUUCCAUUCUCAUUUAGCAAACUAAUCAACUUUUAUUUAGUUAUAUAUUUUAUUUAUUAUUUAUUUUGUCCCUGUCAGUGAAAAUAUUUUUUUUCCCCACAGAGAUGUAUGUAAACUAUAAGACCUGUUUUGGUCAGGCAGCAGCGCUGUAACCUGCCGGGGGCUGAUGUAUUUUUACUCGUCUGGUGAAUUUGGUGUCUCCCCCCUCCCCCACAGACGCUCUCCGCUCUGUUCAGUUUUAACGGAUCUCGGAAGUUUCAGAUGAGCCCUUAAAAAAAGAAAUAAAAAAAGGAAAAAACUGAAAACACUGUCUGUCUAUUGUUCCGCCGAGGCGCCUCGGCCGGUGCACUACCUGUGCGGGCGGCGCGGGGGCGCUGCAGAGCGGCCAGGGCCCGCGGCCUCGCUCGGGUCUUUUUGUUUGAGAACUGGAUCCCGCUUCACAGUGUGUGUGUGAGAGAGUGUGUAUGCCGCCGCGUCUGUAGCACACUGUCAAAACCACUCCAAAACCAACACGUCCAGCAGCCAGCACGGUCUUCAUUUUUACAUCUCGCGCCAUGGCAACGCUGGUGUGCCGUUGAAUCCGAGCGCUAUUCCGAUGUUUUGGCCGAAGUUAGAGCGGGCUCGGAUCAGGUCUGUUUUCUGUGCGGCUCCUCUCAACAGUCCUCAUUAGCUGAGAGCUGGCGCUCUGCUCUCCCUUCGCCGUUUCUUUAACUUUUUAAACACUCAGCCUCGCGAAUGACUGAGCGCCGCCGGAGCAUGGGAUCCCCGGCGUCGUAGGAAGCGAAGCAGUCCGGGUUUUGACCGCUUUUGAGGAUCCGAAACGAUGGCAAAUUCGACGGGAAAAAGCCUGCCCGAGCAGCGGAGGAAAGGACUAGCUUUCCUGGACGAGCUGCGGCAAUUUCACCAAAGCAGAGGGUCGCCGUUUAAGAAGGUCCCGCUGGUGGGUGGAAAGGAGCUGGACCUGGGCGCUCUCUACUCGAGAGUCGUCUCUUUAGGUGGAUUCGCUAAGGUCUCUGACAAAAACCAGUGGUCUGAACUUGGCGAAGAGUUUAAUUUCCCGAGGAGUUGCUCCAACGCUGCUUUUGUUUUAAAACAGUACUACCUUCGCUAUUUAGAGAAGUACGAGAAGGUCUAUCACUUUGGAGAAGAUGACGAGGAGGUGCAGCCUGGGAACCCCAAACCAUCGCUUCCAAUCGGUGCAAUACCCUGCUCGUACAACUACCAGCAACACAGUGUGUCAGACUAUCUCCGCCAAAGCUAUGGACUGUCGACUGAUUUCGUCCCUCCAUGCGACUACAACAAACUGGUGCUGUCCCUGCUGUCAGGGCUUCCUAAUGAGGUGGACUUCGCCAUCAAUGUGUGUACGCUGCUGUCCAAUGAGAGCAAGCACACCAUGCAGCUGGAGAAAGAGCCCAAACUCAUCACGUUGCUGCUGGCGCACGCAGGGGUUUUUGAUGACUCAUUAGGUAGCUUCUCUGCUGUAUUUGGCAUGGACUGGAGGGAGAAAACUUCCAGAGAUUUUGCAAAGUUUUGGAAAGAUGUAGUGGAAGACAAUGAAGUAAAAGAUCUCAUCUCAGACAAGAGCUGCACACCACAAGUUUCAUUCUUCUCUUCAGAUACGUCAGAGUACAGUGAUGUGCGGGCGUUGCUUUUCCGCCCUCCGCGUAACAUGGGGAUCAGUGAUGUGGAGGGCCAGCGUGUGCUCCAGGUGGCCAUCAUCCUAAGGAACCUGUCCUUUGAGGAGGCCAACGUCAAACUGCUGGCAGCUAAUCGCACCUGUCUGCGCUUCCUCCUCCUCUGUGCGCACUGCACAUUCGUCUCGCUACGGCAACUGGGCCUUGAUACGCUGGGAAACGUAGCAGGAGAGCUUCAGCUAGAUCCAGUGGAUUUUCGAACAACUCACCUAAUGUUCCACACAAUUACAACGUGUCUAAUGUCAAGGGACCGCUUUUUGAAAAUGAGAGCGAUGGAGAUCCUGGGCAACUUAAGCAAGGCAGAAGAUAAUGGAGUACUAAUCUGCGAGUAUGUGGACCAGGACUCCUAUCGGGAGGUGAUCGCCCUGCUAACCUUGCCAGACAUCAUGCUUGUGAUCGCUUCCCUGGAAGUGCUUUACCAGCUCACCGAGCUUGGCGAAAUCACCUGCUCCAAAAUCGCUUCUGUGGAGAGGAGCAUAGAUCUGCUGGUUCGGUUAGUGUCUGUGGACUUGCACACAUUUGGGCCUGAUGCUCUGACUGCCAUUAAGCUGAUUGAGCAUCAGAGUGCAAGUAGCCAGGCUGCAGAGGUACGACCACAGCUCGUAGAGCAGGUACCUCCUCCCAUGCAAGGCACACCUGUUCCAGUGACAAGAGUACCUGUUCAGUCUACCCCUCCUCCAGGGAUUGUGGAGGUAGAUGGAGAAAAGUUUACAACUCAGUGGCUGAGUGCUCAUUAUGAGGUGCAUGCAGAAGGCUCCGUCUCUCGUUCUGAAAUGUACUCUGACUACUUGGCAACCUGCAGCAAGAUGGCACGUGGUGGUGUUUUAACCUCCAAUGGUUUUUACAAAUGCUUGAGGACAAUAUUCCCUAAUCAUACGGUAAAGCGUGUUGAGGACUCUAGGGUGAAUGGCCAGGCUCAGAUCCAUGUAGCUGGUAUAAGAAAGAGGGCAAUUCCUCUUCCUGUUCAACUGUAUUACCAGCAACACCAGCAGCAACAGCAGCAACAGGCUAGUCCUACACCAGGGCCCAAGACAGAGGCUCCAACAGAGCCUUCACAACAUGCCCACUCAGGCUUGCCCUCUAGCGUGGGUGGGCAGUUUGUCCGGGCACCAGCACCAAGCCUUACUGCCGGUCAGGCAGCACCACCGGUGGCCUUCAACAUGCACGGAGCACCACAUAUUCCUCAUCAUGCUCCCAACGCUCCUGUGCCAGCUCAUGCUGGUCCACGGCUCCCACUGAACCCACCGGUACAAGCUCCGACACCUCCAUGCCCAGAAGCUCCCCCACCCUCAUGUCCAGCUGCUCCAUCUCCACGGCCCAAUGAUAUCCUGAAGACAGCCAUGAUGCAGAGCUCCAUCCCCACAGCCCCAGCUGCACCUAACCAUAGCACUGUCCCUACAGCCUCCACACCUCAGCAGGCCCUGCUACACCAUGCUCCGGUCACAUUAAUCCAGCAGGGGAUGCCACAGGGACACAUAUUUACAGGCAGAGUACAGGGACCUUGUUCUCCCUUGGGCCAGCAACGCCUUCCUGCCCCACAGGGCCAGCUGAGUGCCACGACACAGGAAGCUGUUAUGCUAGCCUCUCCUCAGUACGCGAGUGCUCCUGGCACGCCGUUGGUGGCAGGAGGACAGGUGUUCACCGUAACAGGUGUACAAAAUACUCAAGGGCCUCGUGUGACCUUCCAGAACAUUGCUCCCAAACCUGCCCCACAGGCACAGCAACCUCAGCAGCACCAACAACCGCACCAACAGACGCAGCAGCAACAGCAACAAAGCUUAGUCAUUGUUAGCCCUAACCCACCACCCAGCCCUGCUUUCGCCCCAGCCAUUCACCAGAUUGUGCUUGCUAAUCCCUCAGGCAUGCAAAAUGCCCAGACCAUCCAGCUGUCAGGGCAGCCCACUUCCUCUCCUCAACCUGCUUCUUCACCUGGACAGUCUGCGUCCUGUCCUGGUCCACAGGUGCUGGCUCCUCCUUCAACUCCUGUCCAGGGACAGGGCCCACCUCCCACUGUUGGUCAGAUGCUAUCUGUUAAACGGCAACAGCAGCAGUUUCAGAUUAAUACUUCUCCUCCUCCCCCACCACCUCCUCCACUGCCUCCUCCUACAGUCCCCCCACAGCCUGCAUCUACAGAGUCCAGUCUGAUCAAACAGUUAUUGCUUCCAAAGCGUGGCCCUACCACGCCUGGAGGGAAGCUUAUUCUCCCAGCCCCCCAGGUCCCUUCACCUGCCAGCACCAGGGCGCCUAGUCCACAGGUAAUGUACCAGGUAACGAACAGUGGCCAGGGAGCGCCCCAGGCACCACAACUUAGUGUGCAACUGCUGCAAGGCUCCUUGUCAGGUGCAGGUGCCGUACAGACUGUGCCCAUCUCGAUCCUGCCUGGGCAAAUCCUCUCCACCUCCAACUCUGCCACGAUCUUACAGGCCACACCCAGCAACCAGGUCACCUUCACAGUAGUGCCAAACUCUAGCUUCCCCAACGCUGCUGCUAACAACCAGGGAGCACCAUCGUCUCUGGUCUCUCCGACUGGUCUGACCAUCAACACAUCACCCCCUGCACAUGGUCUGCAGCUGACCCCACCCCUGCCACCUUCAGUAGCUACCUGCACAUCGCCUGUUCCACCUUUUAUAGGUGACAAAAUUAUCUGCCAAAAGGAGGAGGAGGCAAAGGACGCCACAGGUCUCCACAUCCACGAACGAAAGAUUGAGGUGAUGGAGAACUCCAUGGUAACGGAGGGCUCCACCAAAGCCAGCAAUGGACAACCUAUGGAAGUGGAUGAACCUGGGGUCAAGCUGGUAAAUGGAAAGAACUCGAGUCUACCUCCGUACCACUCAGGGAACAACCAACAAGAAGCCCUGCAGGGCACACAGGCGCUCAACGGCCCUACGGUACAGGGCAGUGACAGUACGGUAAAGCAGACAUCAGGAGGCUCACCCUCUGAACCAAGGAAGCUCUUGGUAAAUGGUGUCUGUGACUUUGAACGAGAUGCUACAACUGGUGCCCAUCCAAGCAAAAACAUUCCAAAUCAUAAAGCUUCCAAAUAUAUGGGCAAUGGGGAGGUGCUGCUGCCUCAGAAAGUACAUGACUCUCUUUCACCUCAGCAGGGCACUGCCAAAGCAGAGCAGCCAGAACGCCUGGCCAACGGGCCCAAAAGCUCAAGUCAUGGUGCUGAGAUUUCCAAUGGCCCCUCAGCCCAGAACUCAGACUUGCCGGCCCUGAAACAGCAGCACCCACCUCACAACCACUCCUCGCCGCCCCCUGUAUCUUCACCCAGUACGCAGAACCCCCCUGGAACAGAGCCCCCCACCAACGGCACAUCUGAGGGCAGAGCCCUGAAGAGGCCUGCAGAGGACUGCGACCGGGGUGCAGCAGCCUCUGGGAUUCCCAGCAAGAUGGGCGUGCGGAUAGUGACCAUCAGUGAUCCCAACAACGCUGGCAACAGUUCUACGAUGGUGGCAGUCCCGGCAGGUGCAGACCCAAGCACAGUAGCAAAAGUAGCAAUAGAAAAUGCAGCGCAGCAGAGGCCCAGUGUUCCCAACACCCUUCCUGAAACAACCACUCCGCAGCCGCCUGUAUCAACACAGUCCCCACCCCCAGCAGUUCCAUCUACACAGGCAGCCAAUCAGAGUCCAGCUCCUUCUGCUGAGGGCCCUCAAGCAGCAGCGCUCCCUCCAGAACACACUCGCAAACCUGGGCAGAAUUUCAAAUGCCUAUGGCAGGCCUGUAAACGGUGGUUUGAAACACCUUCGCAGGUGUUCUAUCAUGCGGCUACACUGCACGGCAGCAAAGACGUUUACCCCGGACAAUGCCAGUGGGAAGGCUGUGAACCCUUUCCACGGCAGAGACUUUCCUUCAUCACGCAUUUACAGGACAAGCACUGCUCGAGGGAAGCCCUUUUAGCUGGACUUAAGCUGGAGGAACAAACACAAGGCAGCAAUCCCAAUACUUCCAAGUCUCCUCCACUGGCGGGCGGUAGUCCAGCUCCUCCCAGGCCGCAAAAAGCUAUAGUCAAUCACCCCAGUGCGGCUCUAAUGGCCCUGCGCCGCGGCUCACGCAACCUGGUGUUCAGGGACUUCACUGAUGAUAAAGAGGGACCAAUGACCAAACAUAUUAGAUUAACUGCUGCCUUAUCGUUAAAGAACAUCGCCAAGUAUUCAGACUGUGGACGAAAGUUGGUAAAGCGGCAUGAGAACCACCUCUCUGUUCUGGCACUCAGCAGUAUGGAGGUUUCCACCACACUUGCUAAAUGCCUUUACGAACUCUCACGCUCUCUACAGGCUUGAUCCCAGCUGAACCCAAAAAAAACAUUCAAAUGGAAAAAAAGAAAUUUCGUCCUCCGCCGGCACGCAAGGUGCUUGGCGUUCACAGACGCGGGCGAUGCCUCUCCUCCCCUCACACCACUCCCUCCAUUCCAUUCUCUGUGCGUUGGGAUUUCUGCACCACCACUCAAUCCCCCUCACCCCCUCACUUACAAACUGCCACGGGUCUUCCACCAGCCACUCAGAAACCAGCGCACGCUCAACUUUCUAAACGAGCCACCUCUCCACCCCCACCCCGAGAACAAGCCGCCUCUCCGCCCCCAGCCCGAAUGAGCACAUUUUUAUUUCUGGUCCUGGAGGAAAGGUGGUUGGGGCGGGGGAUUCGGAUCGGGUGAGAGGAGGUGUGGGGGGGGUCUGUGGAUGAGGGGGUGGAGCAGGGGCAAACAGGUGUGGCUAGAUUGUUUUUGUUUUUUCUUUAGAACUUGAUAGCUUUGGUUUUCUUACUUGAGCCGAUUAUAUUUUCACUUAUUUAUUAUUGAAAUAAAUACCAAUAUGAUUAAAUGAGAAAAAAAAAAUCUUGUAAAUAUUUGUGAAUAAAUAUAAAGUAAAAAAAGAAAAAAAAGAUAUCAUCUUUCAUGCCGCUGCAGCCACUGGAGAGUUCACUCUGUGGAGUAUCAGAAGCAUUAUCUUGGUAGUUUCUUUUUUUUUUCUUAUUAUUUUUUUGGAUCCCUGGUUACUUGUAUAAGAUGUGAUUCUAUACUCAGCAGUGGAUGAAUGUACUUAAAAACGUGUAAAUAUUCUACAAAGGUACUGAUGCUGUAAAGUUUAGGGAGGGGGAUGGGGAACAGGUUUUUUGUGGAACUGUGAUAUUUUUUUUUUCUUUCCUUUUUUUUUCUUUUCCAUUUUUGUACUAUUAUAACUUGUAGAACUCAUUUUGCUGGCUGAAAGAGUAUGGAAUAAUAUAUCUCAUGUUAUUUUGUAGAAGAGCAAAAAAAAAUCACAAAAAAAUACACAAAUAUUGAAGGUAUUUUCCCCCCCUCUGACAUGUAUCCACUAUAAGCGUCACUGUACGAGCCCUCUGCCCGUACUCAAUUCUUUUUGUAUUUGUAAAUUGGUUUAAAUACAUGGAGUUUUAUACAGGUUUUCUCCUGUGUUAUUUGCUUUCUGUGCAUAUGAUAUUUUCCUCCCUACCUUUUUUCUAUCUUAAUAUAGUGUGGAAUUUUAUCGUACUAUUUUUUCAUUCUUAAUACCAUGCCACAUUCCGGCUCCCUGCUUCCCGGGCUGUCCUCCCUACAGUGUGUCGUGUAACAUUUAUAACUGCCUGUUGUGUUAGCAUCCGAGCAGGGGCUCUCCCCCUCACCAUUUCUGCAGUGUCAGUAGGGUGUGCGAUAUAUACAUAUACCUAACAGUCUGUUCUAGGUUGGCUUAAUUUACUUGGGUGACUGUUUAUAGUUUUUAAAUAAAAGACUGAACAUUUUUUGC